GUGGGCAGGAUGAGUAUACCCCUGUCCGCUUGCCCACAGAUGCCUGUCUCACCACGGUGCAGCAGAAUGGUGCCCAUCCCCCACCUUUCAGGAGAAGGGUGUCUCCUGCCCACUUCCCACGUAAGCAGGAAGAGGUGCCGGCAGUUCCACAUUUGGGGUCACAUUUGGGCUGACCAGGGCUGUGUCAGCCUUACUGAACUUCCCUUACCCAUCAGGCAUGGUGCUGAGCUCCCUUGCAUACCAAGGCCCAGUUUUAUUGGCCACAUUGGCUUCUGGACCCUUGGCUGUCUCUGACUUUAGCCUUCCUUCGGGUCUCACUGUCCAGAUCCACCAUCAGUCUUCUCAUCUCCACAGAGCCAGCUCCCUUUUCUCCACAUUCUACCUCUUGAUCCCUGAAGUGAUGGGCAAAUGUUUGCCCCUGUCUUCUCUUCCGGUCAUGCUGUGCGCAGCAGAGCCCACAUGGUACAGAACAGCGGCUGGUCACUUACCAGCGGCUGGUCCCUGGAAGCAGGGACACCAACAAGCUACUACUUCUGUCCAGCAAAGACAUCCUCAUGACAGUGGUGGCAGAGGAAGAGACAAAAAGGUCAGAUGGAAGAACAUGGCCUAACGGGAAUGGGCUGGGCUCCAGGGUGACAGGAUGGGGGUCCAGAGUGGAAUGCAAGGUUUGUGGUGCCAUCUAUAAUACAGCAGUGCAGAGGAAAACUGAACAUGCGGCUUCAUUUGACUUUUGUCAUCCUGAAGGCCUAAAGAUAUUCUGGAGGAGGCAUCAGAGUGACCAUGGGAACAUACAGGCUCUCAGCCAGGGAGAAGCUAGACUUCUGGAUCAGGGUGCACCGAGGGACCCUUGAAGAGGAGGGGCAGUUUAUGGAAGUAAGGAACUGGUAGGGAGCUGCGUAUGAGCGCAGAACUCCAGAGAGCCUGGGUCUGAGAAAGUCCUGCUGGAUUUGGGUUUGAAGAGGAUGUGGGGAAGAGACAGCCUCUCUGAAAAAGGUGGAAGCCACAGAAGCCUGAGCAAUGGCAGCCAGCAGAGGCUGACUUUAUAGCUGAGCAGACCUGCAGACAUUACAGAUGAACUGAUGACACCACAGGGUGGGUGGCAGUGAUUCCACUGACCACAAUAGGGGGAAGGUAAGAGUGGCAGUCAGGCCUCCUAGCUUGGAAACUUGAUCAUAAUAAUGUCUUAGAACAAUAGGGGACCCUUACACUAGAUCUCCAGUACAGUAUCUGGUCCAUUUACAAACAGGGAGACUAAGACCAGAAGCUCCAAUUCAGCAAGCCUAGCUGCACCCUCACUCCCCAAUGAAACUGGGGUCACAGCACCCAGACUGGGUCUUUUUGAGCAAAGGGCCAGAACUAAGCCUAUUGAGGCCAGCACCCUAGUUCCUGUGUGGGUAGAGGUGAUGGUUCUGUUUUGAAACUCUCCUUCCUGUCCUGACAUUGGCAGCAGAGUGCAGGCUUUACAUAAAGGACCCGUGCAGCGGCAGAGUUCACCGUGGACAGUCCACUAGCAAAGCUGGCGCUUGUUGGGCUUAGGUUCCCUACUCUCCAACACUCCCAUUCCAGAUUCCAAUACCCUGGGGACUGCUGGGUCAGCCUAGCUCAUGUGGUGGCCUUCCAACUCUGGCCCAAGUUCUUGGGGGAAGGGGCCUCACACUCAGCUGGAUAACAUUUAGGGGCAAACUGUUGGGUGCUCAUUCUUCAGAGCAUUCAGUGGUCUGUAUGGGCGGUGAGGGAUCCAGGGCCUUCCACCUAACCUGCGCCCACAGGCACAAUCUGGACGCAGGAUCAGAAAUCAGAAGAUGGGGCGUGAGCCAGGGUCUACCAAGGAGGCACUGAUCACCCACUGGCUAUAAGACCACGACCCGCACACACAUGACUCAGAGGCCUAGUCUCCUUCCCCUCCCCCACUUUACUCCUCGAAGCCACCCUGCCCCUAGGCUCCCCUCCCUUUCUGGACCUGUAUGGAGGGAUCUACGCAGGAUCGGGGGCGCCCCCCGUAGGCCGAGAACGGAGCUGCAUCCAGGCCUCGCCCUCCGAGACGGCACCCACUCAUCCCCCAAGACCCUUGCCAACCUAAAGCCCGGGCAGGGACCUUGUCCCGGCUUUUCCCGAACGCACGUGGUUGCCCCGUCGCCUGGGCAGCACCCUCGCCCAUCCCCUGCGCGCGGGCCAGAUUGCAGUUGCUAUGGCUGCGGGAGGGGAGGGGGCGCGCAGCCUGACGCCCCGCCCCGUCCUGGCGAAGCCCCGCCCCCGAGGGCCCCGCACCGCCCUCCUCGCCGUCUGUGCGGCUGCUGCAGCUGCCGCGGAUGCGCGGGGCUGCGGAGGGCGCGUCUCGGGCGCGGCUGGGAGCAGAGGUGAGAGGUCCGCGCCAGGCCCGAAGCCGAGAGAGGCUGGGCCACGCCGGCCGUCCUCCCGGGAUGCGGCGCUGAGGCCCAGCAUGGCCAGCCAGGGCCCCACCUUCCCGCUGCACCGGCUGGUCUGGGCGAACCGGCACCGCGAACUGGAGGCCCUGCUGCACAGUCGCCAGUCCCCGCCACCAGAAGGCCAGCACCGCCUGUGGCAGGAGGCAGGAGAGCACAACAUUGAACAGGAGGACCCCAGAGGGCGGACUCCCCUGGAGCUGGCUGUGUCCCUAGGAAACCUGGAGUCUGUGAGAGUCCUCCUUCGGCACAAUGCCAACGUGGGCAAAGAGAGCCGCCAGGGCUGGGCAGUCCUGCAGGAGGCAGUCAGCACUGGAGACCCUGAGAUGGUGCAGCUGGUGCUUCAGUACCGGGACUUCCAGAGGGCCACACAGAGGCUGGCUGGCAUUCCAGAACUGCUCAACAAACUCCGCCAGGCCCCUGAUUUCUACGUGGAGAUGAAGUGGGAGUUUACCAGCUGGGUGCCCCUCGUGUCCAAGAUGUGCCCAAGCGACGUGUACCGAGUAUGGAAGCGGGGUGAGAGCCUGCGAGUGGACACCAGUCUCCUGGGCUUUGAGCACAUGACCUGGCAGCGCGGCCGUAGAAGCUUCAUCUUCAAGGGCCAGGAGGCUGGAGCCCUGGUGAUGGAAGUGGACCAUGACCGGCAGGUGGUGCACACAGAGAUGCUGGGGCUCGAUCUGCAUGAGCCCGAAGCACUGCUGGCCGCCAUGCGGCCCAGCGAGGAACAUGUAGCCAGCCGCCUCACCUCCCCUAUUGUCUCCACCCACCUGGACACUCGCAAUGUGGCUUUUGAGAGGAACAAAAGCGGUAUCUGGGGAUGGCGGUCUGAGAAGAUGGAGACUGUCAGCGGCUACGAGGCCAAGGCAGGAGAGGUAUACAGUGCCACCAACGUGGAGCUGGUGACACGCACACGCACAGAGCACCUCUCUGAUCAGGACAAGUCGAGGAGCAAAGCGGGGAAGACUCCUUUCCAGUCCUUCCUGGGGAUGGCCCAGCAGCACUCCUCCCACAGUGGGGCUCCUGUGCAGCAGACAGCCAGCCCCACCAACCCCACAGCCAUUUCCCCUGAUGAAUACUUUGACCCCAGCUUCAGCCUGGAGUCCAGAAACAUCGGCCGCCCCAUCGAGAUGUCCAGCAAGGUACAGAGAUUCAAGGCAACACUAUGGUUGAGUGAGGAGCACCCACUCUCCCUGGGUGACCAGGUGACACCCAUCAUUGACCUGAUGGCCAUCAGCAAUGCUCACUUUGCCAAGUUGCGUGACUUCAUCACCCUGCGCCUUCCCCCUGGCUUCCCCGUAAAGAUUGAGAUUCCCCUUUUCCACGUGCUCAAUGCCCGAAUCACCUUCAGCAACUUGUGUGGCUGUGAUGAACCCCUGAGUUCGGUGUGGGUGCCAGCCCCCAGCUCUGCCCUUGCUACUUCAGGGAACCCCUUCCCAUGUGAGGUGGACCCCACUGUGUUUGAGGUCCCUGAGGGAUACAGUGUCCUGGGUGCUGAGCGUAGUGAGCCCCUUCGAGACGAGGACGAUGACCUGCUACAGUUUGCCAUCCAGCAGAGCCUGCUUGAGGCGGGCACGGAGGCAGAGCAGGUGACUGUCUGGGAAGCUCUGACCAACUCUCGGCCUGGUGCCCACCCUCCUCCCCAAGCCACUGUGUAUGAGGAGCAGCUUCAACUGGAGCGCCUUCAAACUUUGGUCUGCUCUCUCCUCUCACUCCUGUCUGGAGGGCCCUCCAGGAAAGCCUGCAGCUGUCCACAGAGACCAGGGUCCCUGGAUCCCCCGAGAGGACACUCUCGUCCCUGGCUCCUCCGAGCUUUGAGGAGCAGCUUCGCUUGGCCCUUGAGUUGUCCUCUCGGGAGCAGGAAGAGCGGGAUCGUCGGGGGCAGCAGGAGGAGGAGGACCUCCAGCGGAUCCUGCAGCUGUCGCUCACCGAGCACUGAGCCACAUGGCCCUUGGAGGGCUAAGGCCACUUCCUCCGCCCACUUUUAUAAUUUAUUUAUUUAUAAACUGUCUGCUGCUGGACUUGGGGCCUGGAGCCCAGGGAUGGCUGGCAGAGGCACUGAGAUGGAAAUAAAGAGUCUAUUAGCAGCAGGCUUGCUCAACUCAAGCUGGGGGCUCUCGGGUGGGAAGCACUGAGGAAGACAGCAUGGGCAGUGACCUCAGAGCUGGCUUUGGAUCCUAACUAUGGCCCCUUUAGCUUCUCUGAACUUCUGUUUCUUGGACUGUAAAAUAAGGAGACAGCCCUCACACCCGGGACUGUGUGUUGGGAAGGUGAAAGGAACCAACAUCAGGUGCUGUCCCCUGCGCCCUGCCCACCUACCGGGGACCCACGUCCCUAUCUUCUGACCUGGCGUUCUAGGAUCCUGGUAAAGAUAAGGUGGGGUCUGCAGACCCUACUCACAGCCCCCAUCCCUGUAGCCCAAGCUCAGCUUCCUGCCC